AUGGUUCCUUUAGAAAAGAUUCCAAUUUUAGGGAAGGAUACCAUCCAUGUUGGUUUCAACAUUAAGCAACAUAUGAUUGACACAAUCAUAAAUGAUUGUAAAUCAUCUACCUAUGUUAUUAUUAAUGAUACCAAUGUUGCUAAAGUACCAUACUUUCAAGAAUUUGUCGAAGGUUUCGAAUUGAGUUUACCUGAGGAAUCCCGUUUAUUAAAAUAUGCAGUUAAUCCAGGAGAACAAAAUAAAACUAGAGAGACUAAAGAACGAAUUGAGGACUAUUUAUUAACUCAAGGUUGUACUCGUGAUACUGUAGUAAUUGCCAUCGGUGGUGGUGUCAUUGGUGAUAUGAUUGGUUUCGUUGCCUCUACAUUUAUGAGAGGUGUGCGUGUUGUUCAAAUCCCAACUUCUUUACUAUCAAUGGUGGAUUCUUCAAUUGGUGGUAAAACUGCAGUUGAUACUCCAUUGGGUAAGAACUUCAUCGGUGCUUUUUGGCAACCAUCUUUUGUUUUAGUAGAUAUUAAAUGGUUAGAAUCUUUACCAAAACGAGAAUUUAUUAACGGUAUGGCCGAAGUCAUUAAAACUGCUUGUAUUUGGAAUGCUAGUGAAUUUGAUAGAUUGGAGUCAAAUGCUGACACAUUCUUGGAUAUUGUUAAUAACGCUAAAAUUAUCCAAGUCUCAAACAAAGUUACUGGUACAGUAGACCACAUCUCCAAUACCAAUGUCGAACUAAUGUUAGAACAUACCUACAAGUUAGUUUUGGAGAGUAUUAGAGUUAAAGCCGAAGUUGUAUCUGCAGAUGAACGUGAAUCCAG